CACCCCCGGCACCGCCUGGGCUCACCCCUGCGGUCGGGCCCAGUCCCGGGUGGACUGUGCUUACCCCAAGGCCUUCCACGCCGCUUAAAUAAGAUUCCCAGAUGAGUUCGCAGCUAUUGUCGCGCUGGAGAAGCGGGUGGAAUGUGUGGCAGCGCUGCCUUGAGAGCUGGGAAACACAAAGCGUGUCCACAUGGGCCGCUUGGCAAAGAUAUCAAUCUCUCUAAUAACAAUGGUCUGUAGGAGCAGAAAUUUUCAAUAGGAGCUGGACUAAGCCCAUGAAUAGUGAACGGUUUGGAUGAGCCUUGAUUCCUCCCUGGAGACCUGGGUUUGGUGGGAUGCUCUGCAUGCAGCUCAUCUCCCUGCCCUGUGAAAGGGCAGCCAAGGACCCCUACUGCACCUCAGUCUUCUACAGACACUAGAAAGAGCAAGGCUGACGUUUGGAGAAAUGGCAAAAGCUGACCAGGCAGAAAAAGCAUGUGUGGCACUCCUGUUUUCCACGCCUGGAACCUCCCAAAAUAAUGAGUCAUUUCACAGAAUCAUCAGGCUGUUUUGGACAAGUGCCUUUGAGUGAAUUUUGCAUAUAGCCUCACAGUCGCCAAACUCCAACAGCAGAAUGAAGGGAGGAGGGAUGAAUGUUACCUGCUUGCCCCACAGAGAGGGAGGAGCUUCAGUUUUCAAACAUCAGCAGAGUUAUAAGCAAGGUGUGUACUUAAAGCACUUCCUCAAUGUGGAAGUUCAAGCUCACAAGGCUGAAGACCUGUCCUGAGGGUGCUCUAGAAAGUCUCCAGAGGGUCAUUUCAUGGGGGAAAAUCCUGCCAAGAACCAUUAUGCGCAGCUUAACCAGGGAGAAGAGAAUGAGAUGGAGAUUUUUGGCUACAAAACCCAAGGCUGCCGAAAGGCCUUGUGCAUUGCGGGAUACAUCUUGUCCUGUGGGGCUCUGCUGCUGCUGUUUUACUGGAAGCCAGAGUGGGAUGUGUGGGCAAACUGCAUCCGCUGCAGCUUGGAAGAAGCGGAUGUUGUUCUGCUUAGAACAACAGAUGAGUAUCAGAUUUAUUCUCGUAAGACCGUAACGUGGAUCUCUGUGUCUGCACUUAUCAAAAGUAGAUCGGAUUAUCCAACCAUUGCUGAGGAAGACUCACUCUUCAGCAAAGCCAUAACAAAGCCAAGUUUGCAAGUGAGGAGUAUCCAGGUACAAAAAAUCCGCUAUGUCUGGAAUAUCUGUGCAAAACAGUUCCAGAAAGUUGGAGCCCUAGAAGAUCACCACACUUGCUCAGCUAUACAUGCCAAAUUUGGUUCUGGUCUCACCUGCGAUGAGCAGAAUGUCAGGAGAGUUAUAUGUGGGCCAAACACUAUUGAUGUUCCAGUUAUCCCUAUUUGGAAACUACUUGUCAAAGAGGUCUUAAAUCCAUUUUACGUGUUCCAGCUGUUCAGUGUGUGUCUGUGGUUUGCUGAAGAAUACAUGGAGUAUGCCAUUGCCAUCAUAAUCAUGUCUCUCCUCUCGAUUUUUUUGACAGUAUAUGAUCUUAGGCAGCAAUCAAUUAAACUGCACAGACUGGUUGAGUCUCAUAACAACAUGAUGGUCACUGUCUGCAGAAAUAAGGAAGGUUUCCAAGAGCUGGAAUCACACCAUCUUGUUCCUGGAGAUGUGCUGGUUUUGAAAGAGAGCAAAACCCUCUUGCCUUGUGAUGCCAUUCUGAUCAGCGGGCAGUGUGUUGUAAACGAAAGCAUGCUGACAGGGGAAAGUAUUCCAGUAACAAAGACCCACUUACCCCCAGCUGAUAAUUGCAAGCCCUGGAGAGUGCACUGUGCAGAGGAUUACAAAAAACAUGUCCUCUUCUGUGGAACAGAGGUCAUACAGACCAAGGCAGAUGACAGAGGAGCAGUGAAAGCUGUGGUGCUGCGAACUGGUUUCAAUACAGCCAAAGGGGAUCUGGUGAGGUCCAUUCUCUACCCUAAACCCAUGAACUUCAAGCUGUACAGAGAUGCCCUCCGGUUCCUGAUGUGUCUCAUAGCAUUUGCAGCCAUUGGAAUGAUCUACGCAGUGUGUGUAUUUGCACUUAAUGGGGAGGAGACAGGAGAAGUGGUGAAGAAGGCUUUGGAUGUUAUCACUAUUGCUGUCCCCCCAGCUCUGCCAGCUGCCUUGACAACAGGGAUCAUUUAUACCCAGCGGAGGCUGAAGAAAAAGGGCAUCUUCUGCAUCAGCCCACAAAGGAUCAACAUGUGUGGACAGCUGAACCUCAUCUGCUUUGACAAAACUGGCACCUUAACAGAAGAUGGCCUGGAUCUUUGGGGCUUGCUGCCCUCUGAAAGAAACGGCUUCCAGGAUGUUCACAGCUUUCCUGCAGACCGCAGCCUGCCUUGGGGCCCAGUGUUCAGAGCUAUGGCGGUCUGUCACUCAUUAAUUGUUUGGGAGGGCAAGAUCCAAGGAGACCCACUGGAUGUGAAGAUGUUUGAGGCCACUAACUGGGUGAUAGAUGAUUCCAGCGGACACCAGAUUGAAGGUCAUGGAUCCACACAUGCCACAGUUGUUAGACCUGGGCCUAAAGCCAGCAGUGCCCCAGUGGAAGGAGUUACCAUUUUACAUCAGUUUCCAUUUUCUUCAGCUUUGCAGAGAAUGUCUGUCAUUGCCCAGGAAAUUGGUGGUGAACAACAGGUCUUCACAAAAGGGGCUCCAGAAACGGUAGCCAUGUUAUGUAGGGCAGAAACGGUUCCACCAAACUUUGAAAGCAAGCUUCGGCUCUACACAGCGCAGGGCUUCAGGGUCAUUGGACUGGCGUGUAAAUCUCUCCAGGCAGGGAAGCAAUCUAUGGAUCUGACAAGGGAGGAGAUAGAAUCUGAUCUGACAUUCCUGGGUCUGCUGAUAAUGGAGAAUCGAUUAAAGAGGGAGACAAAGCCUGUCCUGGAAGAGCUCAGUGCUGCCCGAAUCAGGAGUGUUAUGCUCACAGGUGACAACAUUCAGACAGCUGUAACUGUUGCCAAAAAUGCUGGGAUGGUUUCUCCGAUGAACAGAGUGAUUCUUGUGGAAGCAAAUGAAAUACCUGGAUCUUUUUCAGCAUAUAUAACCUGGAAACCACUAGAAGAAAACAAAACUGGAGAUUACAGAACCCUGGAGAAUGACAGUCAGACUGAAAGAAGAAUCAAGCCAGCAUUGGAGUCGGGCCAGUAUCAUUUUGCUAUGAGUGGAAAAUCUUACCAAAUCAUAGCACAACAUUUCAGGCACUUACUUCCAAAGCUCCUGCUGAAUGGAACAGUUUUUGCUCGAAUGUCUCCUGGUCAAAAAUCCAGCCUUGUUGAAGAGUUUCAAAAGCUGGAUUACUUUGUGGGCAUGUGUGGAGAUGGAGCCAAUGACUGUGGGGCUUUGAAAGUGGCACAUGCAGGGAUAUCACUGUCGGAGCAGGAGGCAUCUGUGGCUUCACCUUUCACAUCCCGAACCCCCAGCAUAGCAUGUGUGCCAGAGCUAAUCAGGGAAGGCCGUGCUGCCCUUGUCACUUCCUUCUGCAUGUUCAAGUACAUGGCGCUGUACAGCACCAUUCAGUACCUUGGUGUUCUCCUGCUGUACUGGCAACUAAACUCUUUUGGGAAUUACCAAUUUUUGUUCCAAGAUCUGGCUAUUACCACUGUAAUUGGUGUGACAAUGAGUUUCACGGGUGCCUAUCCAAAGCUGGUUCCCUACAGGCCUCCUAGCCAACUUGUCUCGCCCCCGCUGCUGCUCUCUGUUGUACUUAACAUCCUCUUCAGCCUCAGCAUGCAGAUUUUCGGGUUCGUGGUGGUCCAGGAGCAGCCUUGGUAUUCCAAGACUGAUAUACACAGUGCCUGCCUCUUGAUGAACAAUCACAUGGAGAAUUCCUCCUCUAUUUCCAGCCUGGGACAUGGUGGGAUGAGAGAUGUAACCCUUGAGCAAAUGGACAAUGGCUACAAGAGCUAUGAAAACACCACAGUGUGGCUGCUAAGUACCAUCAACUGCAUCAUUGUAGCACUAGUGUUUUCCAAGGGAAAGCCUUUCAGGCAACCUGUCUACACAAACUAUGUGUUCAUACUGGUGCUCAUAGGACAGCUGGGCAUUUGCCUCUUCUUGCUGUUUGCUGAUAUUGAUGAUCUCUACUCUAAGAUGGAUCUUGUUUGCACCCCUACCAUGUGGCGGAUCUCCAUGUUGAUGAUGCUUGCGGUCACAUUCGCUAUGUCCUUUAUUGUCGAGGAAGCUGUCAUAGAGAACAGACCCCUGUGGCUGCUGCUGAAAAAGACCUUCCGGUACCAGUCAAAGAGCCAUUACAAAAGGCUGCAGCGAGUGUUAGACCAGGACCCAGCCUGGCCACCUCUGAAUGAAACCUUCUUCUCAGACUCUGUGGCAAUAUCUGUGGAGGGAAAUAUGGGAGGCCACAGCAAUCCAACAUUUGACAGCAACGAGGAUGCACUCUGAAGGAAAAUACAGAAGACACAUUUCCAGGACAUUUGCAGUUGGCUGUUGAAGGACUAUCUCAGAGACAUAAGAGGAAGGACCAACUCCUCACUGCUCCCCUAUUCUGAGACUAAUCAGCUCUGGCUUAUUUUUAAAUUAACUGGAAGCAGAAAAGCUGGCUGCAGUAGCAUGAAGCCACAACAGUGUUUCCCCUGUCCUCUUGCCCAUGUAUGAAUGGCUGCCAGCUGAAAAUGGAACAGCUUGCUGAAUAUUGACAAAGUAUUCAUGGUUGAAAAACCCCACUGCUGCAUUCCUCUCUUGAACUGCAUUGUGAAGUCCAUAAAGGAAGGGGCUCCUCCAGAUGAGAAGUAGCUAAUUCAGAUACCAGCACUCCCCUGGGGAGAUUCCCUUCAACAGAACAUUUAGAACUUACUCCUGAUAGAGGCUGCUCAUUGACAGGUCCUGGGACUCCUAGAGCUCUUGAAGUUUCAGAUAAUUCUACCUGGUGUCUGGCAUUUCUUGGGGCUUUUUCCCCUUCUGGCAGUCCUUGGCUUUGUGGAGCUGCAAAUAGCUGAAGCCUUCUAGAAGCAUCCGCUCCCAACACCGUUGUGCAGAGCUCUGUUGCUAGCUCACUGCUACCAGGCAACAUGUUUGCCAUCUUCUCAGUUUAAAAUGUGGUGCUUGCAUUUUCUAAGUGAAAAAACUAUUGACCUACAGAGCAGAGUGAUAUAAUCGUUUAACAGUUCUUUUUUGAGGGAGGUAUUUGCUCAGUAUAUCCAUUUCAAAAAUGUAGAAUGAAACACAUGAUAAUUGCAAAUUAUGAUCUCAUUCUGUACAAGGACAUGCCGUCCCUUGUGGUGUGAGCUCGCUGUGCUAGAGUGGCUGCUGCACGGCUGGGCUGCUGCCUGGCAUCAGCUCCUGGUUUACCAGUGCCAAACCAAGCAGAUACUGAAGGCAUGACUACCCCCAAGGGCGUCAGUCCUGAAUUAUAAGACGGUUGAGCCAUCUAGGUCUCAGAACAAUUUUGUUAAAUCCUGUGGCAUGCUCUGAAGUUGAACCAUCUGAGGGCUUUGACUCUGGUUUCCAACCACAAUUGCACAUUCUACACGCCAUGUGUCAUUCAUCAAGUUGUAUUCCUCACCUCUUAACCUUGGAUGGAGAUUUCUGCUCACUCUGCUGUGCUGAGUGCAUAAAUGCAACAGCGCUGCUCAUUUCUGCAGGUUUUACCUACUAAAAAAAGCAGCUUCUACUAGCACAAAUUCUCUUAGCCCUUUGACGCCAGGCUGGCUUCCUGCUCAUCAUGUUUUGUAGUCUCUGUUCCCAGCUGAGUACAACAAGACAUCAGUCAGAGAGGCUUUAGACCAAGAGGAACACUUCCUUCUUCGGAUAAAGUGUGCAGGGGAGUUGGCCCCUUGAACUGACACCAAAAUUUGUUUGUUGUAGCUGGAGCUUGCCUGUGCUUUAGUGAUGGGGCUGAAGAGCACAAUGGGAGCACUUUGGUGUUGGGGAAUGGACGUUCCCACUCCUCCAUGCUAAAGAACGCUUGGGUUGUGACAGAAGCUCAGAAUCAGGCAGGUUGGGAGUCACAGUAAAGAUUCCCUUGGUCUUUAAGGGUAAAAAGUAGCUCUGGAAAACUGAGAGCAGAUCAGAGGAGAUUAUGGAUUGUUUUGAUUAAAUAUGUCCAUACCAGAACAGCGUUUGAAAAUAAUUUAACUUGAAUUUAAAAAAAAAAACCAAUACUAUUUUUCUUAAAAGAAAAAAAAUGCCAAACCAAAAAUGUUUCAACUUGAAUAAAACAUUUACUUGACUCAAA